AUGAUUCAUUUAGUAUAAUCAUUAAAUCUGUUGCAGAUAAAAUAACUGAACAAUUAAUACAAAUAAUUGAAUCACAGUUAAUACAGCCAUGGUCAACAUUGGCAGUUAGCAGUGUAACAGAUAGUCUGUCAAAGAAAAUUCAAAAUAAUUACUUGGUUAAUAAAGAUCAAAAUUCAGAUAGUCAAAAUGAGGAUCAAAAGAAAUAUGAUGAACUUAAUAAAAAUAAAACAAAUUUAACAGAAGAAGAUAAAAUAUUUAUGAAAAAUUAUGGAAAAUAUAGAACAUUUACUGAACAAAUUAAUUAUAAUUCGAAAGAUUAUUGUAUUGCAUAUGAACAAUGUGAAGUGGCUUAUUAUGCACAGACGUUCGAGGCUAUGCAAAAUGGUAAACAAGUAAAUAAAGAAAUACAAGAGCUUGCUGAUAAUGUUAGAAAUAAUAAAGCUGCUAGUAUGGCCGAAAUAAGUCUUAUAGCCAAAAAAUAUGGCAUUAAGCUAAAAGUAUUUGCUGAUAAAAAUUAUCAAAGAACACAGAAAGAAAUAGAUUAUGGUGUUGAAGUUAUAUAUGUAGAAAAAGGCAGUAAAGAUGACAAAAAUGCUGAUCAAGUUGGACACGCUUAUUACAUAGAUAUGAAUGGAAACUGCUAUGAUGUCGAAACUAAGUUAAACGAUUGUUUUUAUGGAGUUUUUAGUAAAAUAUUAGAAACAAAAGGCAUAAACAAAUCUAUAGAGAAUAUUCGUAAUGAAACAGCUGAUGAUAUUCAAUCAAAUGCAAACUAUUCGAAAGUAAUGGAAGCAGAAAAAUGGAUACAUGAUCGACAUCCUCAAGAGGCGAAUAGUUUAUUAUUUAGUGCUGGACGCUUGGAUCCUUCCAAGAACAGAUACCGCAGAAAACAAAUGGAAGCAGGCGCUCUCAAACUGUCAUUCGAACAAAAACACCUCGUGGAAAAAUCAAAACAUGGUGGUGUGACCACGAAGGACCUGGAAAAGAAAACUGCAAAGGUUCUAGAAAAAGAAGGCGGUAAGGUGGAACUGGGCAUGACAGAAAGCACUAGGACCACGAAUACUGUUCUUCUGAUGACACCAGAACAAUUCCACAAGGCAGUUAAGCUAGCAAUGUAA